GCCGAGCGGGCAUCUUGGCUGAUCGCGAAGCGGGGAGGACACCCUCUCUCUGCCGAAGCGACAGAAAGAGAAAUCGAUUAACUUAACAUCCCCCCGUGUACCGUGCUAUGUGUACGUUCGUUUCUUCCUCGAACGUUCGGCUUUCGCGUCUGGGGCUAACAAGCGAUCGAAAUCGUUUUCGGAACCAGACUUUCGUGCGAGCGUACCUUCCUCGAUAUCGUCUCCGCGAUACCAAAACCACGAACCUGCAAAAUCUGUAUCCCAAGAAAAAUUGAUUUCUUCAUUAAGUCAUGCAAAUUGUUCAUUCUAAUUGAAUUUAGUAUAAUUUUAUAUAAAAUUUCUAAAAAGGCGUGCUCCUUUUAGAGAGCGAGGGUAUCUAAGAAGGAAGUUAUUAAAGAUUUAAUUUUUGCAUCUCUUAUGAGAUACUACACUUUCGUUGUCUUCAUUAACUAACCAGUUUACUUUGACUCUUACUCGGCCAGAUGAUUUUCGACUGGGAAAUUGUAAUUUAAAAACUGAAAGAUUUUUCGUAUGCGUCGGCCUUAAUAGACAUUUGAAAAUCGAUACUUUGUUUCGAAUUUUAAUGGAGAAUUCAGUAGUUAGGCCGUUAAUGAAAAUGAAAUUGAAAGAUAAUUUAUUCCUUAAAAAUUGAAGAUUACCGGAGAUUUUAAGACGAAAUGUACACGUUUUAGGCUGUAGACGCUGUUCACUAUUUCACAGUACUAUACCUACAUCGAAAUCACGCAGCCGCGCAUAAUACUCUCACCCGUGGAAUGCGGGACAAUGAACCCGUCUGCAGUGAUUGGAGGGCGAAAGCCGAAACGGGAUAUCUUUAGAAAUAGUAAUUUUUCUCUCUUUCGCCAGAUUGCAAUAAUCCAAAGAAUUCACUGGCCUACAAAAUUUUACUUUGAGUUUUUCGUUACAAUAAAUUUUUGAAGUGUUUUAGUAUCAUUUUUCGUGCUACAUUUUCACGUACAAUCCGUUUUUUCCAUUGCACAGGGUUUUCGUGUGACACAGAGUUGAAUACUUAGUAACUACUAUACCGCUGCAUAUUUGGAGUUGAACAUUUUUUCUGUGGGAAGAAAGCUAUGAGUGGUGAGAAAAAUCGAAUUGCAGAUUCGAAAUUAGAAAGUGUACAUAUUGUUUGUGACAGAAAUCUUUUUCAUUUUUAUCACAAUCAUUUUUAUGCAAAAUGGAACAUUUAUAAUUUCUAUUUGGAAAAGGCAAUCUAAAUAGGAACUUUUUACAAUAAAAUACAUUUCAGUCUUGAUAUUCUAUGUAUUCUUUGAUAUUGAUUGCACUUUUUAUAUCUUCUACAGAUAUAGUGCUACUAUAAAUGCAUAAAACCCACGGACUUAAUUAAUUUACGUAGACAUUAGCAGUAAGCAGAAUUGGGCAUAUGUUAUUUAAAAUAAAAUAAUAAAUAAUCAUUUGAAAUAAUGAAUUGUUAGUGACGAUAGAAUUAGUGGUAACAACAAUGAAAUUGUAAUUACUAUCUGAAAUAAAUAACACCAACAAACUGCAAAUUUAACAAUUAUGACUAAAGCAUUGACUUUUAUCACUUACGCAUUGCGAAGUCUACAUGGCAAGCAAUCUUUAUGUUCUGUGCAGAUAAAAUUUCGCUACAUCUACAUUUUUCUACAUUUUUUACCGAAUCCACAGAUUAACUUAACAUUUUUAAUCUUCUCCCCACUUUCAAGAAAUGAAUGUAAGAGUACGCGUUACAGCUUCACAAGACUGUGUAAAGCAAAGACUUGUUGUGUAGUUCACUGAUCAACAUCAUUUCUCUAUAAUCGUGAAAAUGAAGAUGUCAUUUCAUAUCGGUGAAAAUGAAAUUAUCUUGUUUGACGAAUGGCAUACAAUGAGUUGGGACGGUCUUGGAUGGUCGAUGGUCGGUAUUAUUCUGUUGACGUCUAUUUACGAAGGUUUGAAGAGCUAUCGCGAUCACUUGUAUAUCAACGUAACACGUUUAAAAAAAAAUACAGGAAACAGCCGUGAAUCGUCACUUUUCUCUAAGAUACAUGUCUUUCAAACAAUUUUACAUGCUUUCCAACUGGCCAUAGGCUAUUGCCUCAUGUUAAUUUUCAUGACUUACAAUACUUUGCUUUGUCUGGCUGUGGUACUCGGCGGUGUUCUUGGCUAUUGGUUGUUUGCUCGGGAGAAAUCUAGCGGUGAUAACAUCGAUUGCUGCCUGUAAAUUCAACGUUUAAUAGAAUAAAAGUUAUUCCACGUAAAUCUCGUAGUAAUUUAAUUUAAUUGUACCCUUUUGUUCUUGCGAUUGCUAAUAAUCCAAUCCAAAGUUGGUAGAUGCAAAUCAAAAAUGCCAAUAA